AUGUACAAGACAUUCAGAACAGCCGCAGCACCUGCUGUGCGGUGCGCCAGACAGCAACCUCGAGCUGGAGCUCGUUUCGUCAAUGCUCGCUAUCAAUCCACUACCUCCCAGACGGCCUCCUCUGGUAAUAGCCCUGCUCUAAUCGGCGGUCUUGCUGGCGGAGCUGUUGCCUUUGCCUCGGGAUAUGCAUGGUACCACUUCUCCGGAGCCAAGACGCUCGUGAAAACUAGCAAAGAAACGCAAGAGUACAUCAAAAAGGCCAAAGAAACCGUCGUACAAAACACACCAGAACCCAGUGAAGCGUUCCGCUGGUUGAGAGAUACAGUCAAAAGCUAUGCUGUCCUCAUCCCUGGCGCACGCGGCUACGUUGACACCGCAUUCGAUGACCUCGAAAAGAUCCGGAACAACCACCAAGAAGACUUUGACAAGAUCGUCAAGGACGCGUAUAAUGAGACGAGGGACAUUUUCAGUAAGGAAGGAUUCAACACCUCUUCAGCGUCCAAGGCUGCACAAGCCCUACAAAAAUAUCUGUCGCAGCUUUUCGACCUUGCUGGCGACGCUGCAAGUGACGUUCUGCAAAACCACCCUCAAUUGAAGGAGAAGGUCGGUGGCAGCUACGACCAGCUCAAGCAGAUGGGUGACGCGUAUGGCCCUAAAGCAAAAGAGGAAGUUGAUAAGACUUGGCAGCAAAUAUCCGACAUCAUUAAGGCCGGCGUGAGUGUCGAUUCAGCGGACAAGAUCAGGUCUCUCAUUCAAGAGAAGAAGGAGAAGCUUCAGAGCCUAGGAGAUGAGGCAUGGAAGAAGGGACUGGAGGAGAGUCAGAGCUACCUUGAGAAGAACCCCAAGCUCAAACAAUUGAUCGAAGAGAAUGCCGAUGCCUUGAAGAAGGGUAAUUUCAAGGAGUUGUGGGGCUUGCUUAAGGACAAGGUUCCUUCCGGAAAGACGGAGGAUGUGGAGAAAUACAUCAAGGAAAAGGUUGAUCAAGCAAAGAACACUGACUUUUCCGGAUUGGAUCAGUGGCUUAAUAAGCUACCCGGUGGUUCCGACUUGAUAUCACAACUACAAACGCUACAAAACACUGCCCAGAAGAAAGGCAGCGAGACAGAGGAUGUCCUCAAGGAGACUCUUGAAGAACUCCGUGACGUGUUGAAAAAGCGGAUGGAACAGGUGGAGAAGCUCGCCCAAGAGUGA